AUGGCUGCCUUGAACCACACUGGGGUUAGCCACAAAGUCUUUCGCUUGCUCGGCAUCCCUGGCCUAGAGGACAAGCACAUGUGGAUCUCCAUGCCCUUCUUCAUUUCCUAUGUCAUUGCCCUGCUUGGAAACAGCCUGCUCAUCUUCAUCAUCCUCACCAGGCGCAGCCUCCAUGAACCCAUGUUCUUCUUCCUCUGCAUGCUGUCUGGAACAGACAUCGUCCUCUCCACGAUCACAGUACCUCAGGCCUUGGCCAUCUUCUGGUUUGGUGCAGGGGAGAUCUCCCUGGCUCGCUGCAUCGCUCAGCUCUUCUUCAUCCAUUCCACCUUUAUCUCUGAGUCCGGGAUCUUGCUGGUGAUGGCAUUUGACCGCUACGUUGCUAUCUGCUACCCACUGAGAUACACCGCUAUUCUAACAAGCAGCCUGAUUGGGAAGAUUGGCAUAACUAUCUUUCUCAGAAGUUACGGCACAAUUGUCCCCAUCAUAUUUCUUUUGAAAAGACUGACUUUUUGCAGAAAUAACGUUCUUCCACACACUGGUUGUGAGCACAUUAUCUUGGCCAGAUAUGCCUGUGAUGACAUCCAUGUGAACAUCUGGUAUGGAUUUUUUGUUCUUAUGUCAACAGUGGUCUUAGAUGUUAUGCUCAUUUUCAUUUCAUACAUGCUUAUUCUGCAUGCUAUCUUCCGCAUCCCUUCCAAAGAUGCUCGUCACAAAGCUCUCAACACAUGUGGCUCCCAUGUCUGUGUCAUCACCCUCUUUUAUGGGCCCGGGAUCUUCUCAGUCCUCACGGAGCGGUUUGGACGCCACAUCUUACCCCAUAUUCAUGUCCUGCUGGCCAAUGUCUGCAUCCUGGCUCCACCCAUGCUGAAUCCCAUCAUUUACGGGAUCAAAACCAAACAGAUUCGGGACCAGGUGAUUCAUGUGUUGUUUCCAAAAGAGAUAUGA